GCAAAGGGAGCGGCGCGCACCGAGCUCGGCAGGCGGCUGCGGGAAGCGGAGCCCUGUCCCGGCCGCCGCGGGAGGCCAGAGGGAGACGGGGGCCCAGCGAGAAAGGCGAGGAUAAAUGGGUGUGUAUGACUUUUCCCCUGAUCUAAAGCGGUUCCAUGUCUUGUUUGGACUGCUCCUGUAUUCUGCGUACACCAGUUGAAUCAAUCAGACCAGAAGAGCUAUCUCAGAGCAGCAUCCAUGAAUGCUUGGCUGAUUCUGAUCUAGCCUGGAUUCCCCCAUCUGCAGGAAAGAAUGAAACAGUAUUUUGCUCUUCUAAUGUCUCUCAUUAUGAACUCCAGCUGGAAAUAGGAAGGAGGUUCAACAAUUUAACUUCAGUCUACCUUGCACGGCAUACACCUACAGACAGGCAAGUUGCUGUAAGGAUCACAGACCUUGAAAAUUGCUCUGAAGAGCACUUGAAAGCCUUACAGAAUGAGGUGGUUUUAUCACACUUUUUCCAGCAUCCCAACAUAAUGACAUUUUGGACAGUGUUUACAGCUGGAAGCUGGCUUUGGGUCAUCUCCCCAUUCAUGGCCUAUGGUUCAGCUAGACACCUGCUGAAGACUUACUUUCCUGAAGGAAUGAGUGAAGCUUUGAUAGGGAACAUUCUGUUUGGUGCAAUCAGAGGAUUAAAUUACAUGCACCAGAAUGGAUAUAUUCACAGGAAUAUUAAAGCUAGCCACAUUCUGAUUUCAGAGGAUGGGCUGGUUUCUCUCUCUGGCCUAAACAACCUCUACAGUUUAGUUAGCAAUGGACAGAAGUCAAAGGUGGUGUAUGAUUUCCCCCAGUUUAGUACAUCUGUGCUUCCUUGGCUGAGUCCUGAACUACUGAGACAGGAUUUGUGUGGCUAUAACAUGAAGUCUGACAUUUACAGUGUGGGAAUUACAGCAUGUGAAUUAGCCAAUGGACACGUUCCAUUUCAAGAUAUGCCUCGCACUCAGAUGCUGCUGCAGAAGCUGAAAGGUCCCACCCACUGUCCUUGGGAUAUAAACACCUUUCCCCGGGGGGAAUCCAGGAGGAAGAAUUCCCGGUCAGGUGUCGAUUCUGGAAUUGGUGAGAGCAUGACACGCACAAUGACCAGUGAAAGACUUCAAAUGCCCUUUUCCAAAACUUUUUCACCUGCUUUCCACAACUUGGUAGAACUUUGCUUGCAACAAGACCCUGACAAAAGGCCAUCAGCAAGCAGUUUGCUUUCGCAUACGUUCUUCAGACAGGUAAAGGAACAAACACAGAAUUCACUACUGUCCCUGUUACCACCUCCUAUUCAAAAUAACAGAUCAGAGUUCUUGGCACUGCCCUCAACAGCAGUUGGGACUGAACUUGGACAUAUUGCUACAAAUCAAGAUGAUACAGACUGGGAAUUCUAAAUAAAUACCAAUGAUACCUCUCCAGUGUUUCAGACAAGGAAAAUGUGAUUUGUAUUUGCUGCUUUUGUAUGAUUAAAAUACAGUUAGACCAAGUAUACUUGAAAUGCCAUGAAGUGGCUAUAAUUCAUUAAGUUCCUCUGGGCAUCACAAAAUGCAGCGUGCCUCACUCUCUGACUGUAAGGAAAACUGUGGAUAAAGAAUGGCUGAGUGCUCACCUCUCUCUUUCAAAGUCUUCCUUAACAAGAGACUCCCUGCUGUAAUCUUACUCUGUACUGUAUUAUCAGCUCACUGCAGUCCACAUGCCUUUCUGAAUUCAGGCCUGGGGUUUGGCUGUGAUCUUACCUAAACAUCUAUUUGUCUUUUCAUUAUGACCCAAAUCAUUUUAGUAAGGAGAAAUCCUCCACUUCCAAGAUGAAAUGUGAAACUGCACAGAUUACUUGCUUAUGUAAAUAAAUGUUUCUCUCUCAAAA